AUGGAGACUGAAAGUGAGAGUAGCACUUUAGGGGAUGACAGUGUCUUCUGGUUGGAGUCUGAAGUUAUAAUCCAGGUGACUGACUGUGAAGAGGAAGAAGGGGAAGAGAAGUUCAGGAAGAUGAAGUCCUCAGUACAUUCUGAAGAAGAUGAUUUUGUUCCAGAGCUACAUAGAAACGUACACCCUCGAGAGCGGCCUGAUUGGGAAGAAACUCUUAGCGCAAUGGCAAGAGGUGCAGAUGUUCCAGAGAUUCCUGGAGAUCUUACUCUUAAGACGUGUGGCAGUACAGCCAGUAUGAAGGUUAAGCAUGUGAAAAAGUUACCCUUCACUAAAGGUCACUUUCCGAAGAUGGCUGAAUGUGCGCAUUUCCAUUAUGAGAAUGUUGAGUUCGGCAGCAUACAGCUUUCACUUUCAGAAGAACAGAAUGAAGUAAUGAAAAAUGGCUGUGAAUCUAAAGAGCUGGUCUACCUCGUGCAGAUUGCUUGUCAGGGAAAAAGUUGGAUUGUUAAAAGAAGUUAUGAAGAUUUUCGGGUACUUGAUAAACAUCUUCAUCUAUGUAUUUAUGACCGAAGAUUUUCCCAGCUCUCAGAACUUCCCCGUUCUGACACCCUGAAGGACAGUCCAGAGUCGGUCACUCAGAUGCUUAUGGCUUACCUGUCACGCCUUUCAGCUAUCGCUGGCAACAAGAUCAACUGUGGGCCCGCCCUUACCUGGAUGGAGAUUGAUAAUAAGGGAAAUCACCUUUUGGUUCAUGAGGAGUCAUCCAUCAACACUCCUGCUGUCGGUGCUGCCCAUGUUAUCAAGAGGUACACUGCCCGGGCCCCUGACGAACUGACCUUAGAGGUGGGAGACAUCGUGUCUGUUAUUGACAUGCCCCCGAAAGUGCUAAGCACAUGGUGGAGAGGCAAGCACGGAUUCCAGGUGGGACUCUUCCCUGGACACUGUGUUGAGUUAAUUAACCAAAAAGUUCCCCAGUCAGUGACCAACUCAGUGCCAAAACCAGUGUCUAAAAAGCACGGCAAGCUCAUUACGUUCUUACGAACAUUCAUGAAGUCUCGUCCAACAAAACAGAAGCUGAAGCAGCGGGGAAUCUUGAAAGAGAGGGUGUUUGGUUGUGACCUUGGGGAGCACCUUCUAAAUUCUGGUUUUGAAGUGCCCCAGGUUCUUCAAAGCUGCACAGCAUUCAUUGAGAGAUAUGGCAUUGUGGAUGGAAUAUAUCGCCUUUCUGGUGUUGCCUCCAAUAUCCAGAGACUACGCCAUGAAUUUGACUCUGAGCACGUCCCCGACCUGACGAAAGAACCGUAUGUUCAGGACAUCCAUUCUGUGGGCUCCCUAUGUAAGCUGUACUUCCGGGAACUCCCAAACCCUCUGCUUACCUACCAGCUGUAUGAGAAAUUUUCUGAUGCAGUUUCAGCAGCAACAGAUGAAGAAAGGCUGAUAAAAAUCCACGAUGUCAUCCAGCAGCUCCCCCCACCACACUACAGAACGCUGGAGUUCCUGAUGAGACACUUGUCUCUUCUAGCUGACUAUUGUUCCAUCACAAAUAUGCAUGCAAAAAAUCUAGCAAUUGUUUGGGCUCCAAACCUGUUAAGAUCAAAACAGAUAGAAUCUGCCUGCUUCAGUGGAACAGCAGCUUUCAUGGAAGUGAGAAUUCAGUCUGUGGUUGUUGAGUUCAUCCUGAAUCACGUUGAUGUGCUCUUCAGUGGCAAAAUCAGCAUGGUCAUGCAAGAAGGGGCAGCUUCUCUGUCAAGGCCCAAGUCCCUCCUGGUAUCCUCUCCAUCCACCAAACUGCUGACCUUGGAGGAGGCCCAGGCACGAACACAAGCUCAGGUCAAUUCGCCAAUUGUGACGGAAAAUAAAUACAUCGAAGUUGGAGAAGGACCUGCUGCACUUCAGGGGAAAUUUCAUACCAUAAUUGAGUUCCCACUUGAAAGAAAGAGGCCUCAAAAUAAGAUGAAAAAGUCUCCAGUGGGUAGCUGGCGUUCCUUUUUCAACUUGGGGAAAUCAUCAUCUGUUUCUAAACGAAAGCUGCAGCGGAAUGAGAGUGAGCCUUCAGAGAUGAAAGCCAUGGCUCUGAAAGGUGGCAGGGCAGAAGGAACUCUCCGUUCAGCUAAAAGUGAGGAGUCUCUUACAUCUCUCCAUGCAGUUGAUGGUGAUUCCAAGCUCUUCCGACCCAGAAGACCCAGAUCUUCCAGUGAUGCACUGUCUGCCUCUUUCAAUGGAGAAAUGCUGGGGAACCGCUGUAACUCCUAUGAUAAUCUGCCUCAUGACAAUGAGAGUGAGGAGGAAGGAGGGCUGCUCCAUAUCCCAGCCCUUAUGUCUCCUCAUUCAGCUGAGGAUGUUGACUUGAGCCCACCAGACAUUGGAGUAGCCAGCCUGGAUUUUGAUCCAAUGUCAUUUCAAUGUAGUCCUCCUAAGGCCGAAUCAGAAUGUCUGGAGAGUGGUGCUUCCUUUUUAGAUUCACCAGGAUACUCCAAGGAUAAACCAAGUGCCAAUAAAAAGGAUGCAGAAACAGGUGGUAGCCAAUGUCAGACUCCAGGAAGCACAGCAAGCUCUGAACCUGUCUCUCCUCUUCAGGAGAAACUGAGUCCAUUCUUUACCCUGGACUUGAGCCCAACUGAAGAUAAAUCAUCUAAGCCAUCCUCCUUUACUGAAAAGGUCGUCUAUGCUUUCUCUCCAAAGAUAGGACGGAAAUUAAGCAAAUCACCUUCUAUGAGCAUAUCUGAGCCAAUUUCAGUGACCCUACCACCACGGGUGUCAGAAGUCAUUGGUACAGUCUCAAAUACCACGGCUCAGAAUGCAUCAUUUUCAACCUGGGACAAAUGCGUUGAAGAAAGGGAUGCCACAAAUAGAUCCCCCACCCAGAUAGUAAAGAUGAAAACAAAUGAGACAGAUGCGCAAGAAGGAUUUGAGUCUGAAGUCCAGCCCCUGGACCAGGUGGCUGCUGAAGAAGUAGAAUUGCCAGGGAAAGAGGAUCAGUCUGUCUCAAGCAGUCAGAGUAAGGCUGUAGCUUCUGGACAGACUCAGACAGGAGCAGUUACCCAUGACCCCCCUCAGGAUUCCGUUCCUGUCAGUUCAGUCUCUCUUAUCCCACCACCACCGCCUCCGAAAAAUGUUGCCCGAAUGUUGGCGCUAGCAUUAGCUGAGUCCGCACAGCAAGCCUCAACUCAGUCAUUGAAGAGACCAGGGACCUCUCAGGCUGGGUAUACAAAUUAUGGAGACAUAGCGGUGGCUACAACUGAAGAUAAUCUGUCCAGUUCUUACUCUGCAGUUGCUCUAGAUAAGGCCUAUUUCCAAACCGAUCGACCAGCAGAGCAGUUCCACCUCCAGAAUAAUGCACCAGGAAACUGUGACCAUCCUCUACCAGAGACAACAGCUACUGGGGAUCCUACCCAUUCCAACACAACUGAAUCUGGGGAGCAACAUCAAGCAGACUUAACAGGGAAUCAGCCACAUCAAACAUAUUUAUCUGGGGACCCAGAAAAGGCCAGAAUGACUUCAGUUCCCCUAGACUCAGAGAAGUCUGACGAUCAUGUAAGUUUCCCUGAAGACCAGCCUGGGAAGAGCAGUAUGCCAACUGUCUCCUCCUCGGAUCAGGACCAGCCUGGGAAGAACAGUGUGCCAACUGUCUCCUUCUCGGAUCAGGACCAGUCUCCACCCCGUUUCUACAGUGGAGAUCAGCCUCCUUCUUACCUUGGUGCAAGUGUGGAUAAACUCCAUCACCCUUUAGAAUUUGCAGACACAUCUCCCACACCUCCUAAUUUACCUAGGGAUAAAAUCUUCCUUCCUUCUGGGUCCCUUGCAGACAAAUCACCCACACCUCCUAAUUUACCUAGCGAUAAAAUCUAUCCUCCUUCUGGGUCCCCCGAAGAGAAUACCAGCACAGCCACCAUGACUUACAUGACAACUACUCCAGCAACAGCCCAAAUGAGCACCAAGGAAGCCAGCUGGGAUGUGGCCGAACAACCCACCACUGCUGAUUUUGCUGCUGCCACACUUCAGCGCACGCACAGAACUAAUCGUCCCCUUCCCCCUCCACCUUCCCAGAGAUCUGCAGAGCAGCCACCAGUUGUGGGGCAGGUACAAGCAGCAACCAAUAUAGGAUUAAAUAAUUCCCACAAGGUUCAAGGAGUAGUUCCAGUUCCAGAGAGGCCACCUGAACCUCGAGCCAUGGAUGACCCUGCGUCUGCCUUCAUCAGUGAUGGUGGUGCCGCUGCUGCUCAGUGUCCCAUGGCUACAGCUGUCCAGCCAGGCCUGCCUGAGAAAGUGCGGGAUGGUGCCCGGGCCCCGCUGCUGCACCUGCGCACCGAGUCUGUCCCUGCGCAUCCCUGUGGCUUUCCUGCACCACUGCCCCCCACCAGGAUGAUGGAGAGUAAGAUGGUUGCUGCCAUACACUCCAGCAGCGCAGAUGCCACCAGCAGUUCAAAUUAUCAUUCCUUUGUCACUGCUUCAUCCGCCUCUGUGGACGAUGCAUUGCCUUUACCACUUCCUGUCCCACAACCCAAGCAUGCUUCUCAGAAAACAGUUUAUUCCUCCUUUGCUAGGCCCGAUGUCACCACUGAACCCUUUGGUCCAGAAAACUGUUUGCAUUUCAAUAUGACUCCAAACUGCCAGUACCGUCCCCAGAGUGUACCUCCACAUCACAAUAAAUUGGAGCAGCACCAAGUGUAUGGUGCCAGGUCAGAGCCACCAGCCUCCAUGGGUCUUCGUUAUAACACAUACGUGGCCCCAGGAAGAAACGCAUCUGGACACCACUCCAAGCCAUGCAGCCGGAUCGAGUAUGUGUCUUCUUUGAGCUCCUCUGUUAGGAAUACCUGUUACCCUGAAGACAUUCCACCAUACCCUACCAUCCGGAGAGUGCAGUCUCUCCAUGCUCCGCCGUCUUCCAUGAUUCGCUCUGUUCCCAUUUCACGGACAGAAGUUCCCCCAGAUGAUGAGCCAGCCUACUGCCCAAGACCCCUGUACCAAUAUAAGCCAUAUCAGUCCUCCCAGGCCCGCUCAGAUUAUCAUGUCACUCAGCUUCAGCCUUACUUUGAGAAUGGCCGGGUCCACUACAGGUAUAGCCCAUAUUCCAGUUCUUCUAGUUCCUAUUACAGUCCAGAUGGGGCCCUGUGUGAUGUGGAUGCCUAUGGCACAGUCCAGUUGAGACCCCUUCACCGCCUUCCCAAUCGAGACUUUGCUUUCUACAAUCCUAGGCUGCAAGGAAAGAACUUGUACAGUUAUGCUGGUUUGCCUCCACGUCCCCGGGCCAAUGUGACUGGCUAUUUCUCUCCCAAUGACCAUAAUGUAGUCAACAUGCCUCCAGCUGCUGAUGUAAAGCACACCUACACCUCAUGGGAUCUUGAGGACAUGGAAAAGUACCGCAUGCAGUCGAUCCGGAGAGAGAGCCGUGCUCGGCAGAAGGUGAAAGGGCCUGUUAUGUCCCAAUAUGAUAACAUGACCCCGGCUGUGCAGGACGACUUGAGUGGGAUCUAUGUCAUCCAUCUGCGUAGUAAAUCAGAUCCUGGGAAAACUGGACUUCUCUCAGUGGCAGAAGGAAAGGAGAGCCGCCAUGCAGCCAAGGCCAUCGGUCCCGAGGGAGAGGACCGCUUCUAUAGGAGGCAUCCCGAGGCAGAGAUGGACAGAGCCCACCACCACGGAGGCCAUGGUAGCAUGCAGCCGGAGAAGCCAUCCCUGCCUCAGAAGCAGAGCAGCCUGAGGAGCAGGAAGCUUCCUGACAUGGGCUGCAGUCUCCCUGAGCACAGGGCACACCAGGAAGCAAGCCAUAGGCAGUUCUGUGAGUCAAAGAAUGGGCCUCCUUAUCCCCAGGGAGCUGGCCAGUUAGAUUAUGGGUCCAAAGGGAUUCCAGACACUUCUGAGCCAGUCAGCUACCAUAACUCUGGAGUAAAAUAUGCUGCAUCCGGGCAAGAAACUUUAAGACUGAACCACAAAGAGGUAAGGCUCUCCAAAGAGAUGGAACGACCCUGGGUUAGGCAGCCUUCUGCCCCAGAGAAACACUCCAGAGACUGCUACAAGGAGGAAGAACACCUCACUCAGUCAAUGAUCCCACCCCCUAAACCAGAGCGGAGCCAUAGCCUCAAACUCCAUCAUACCCAGAACGUGGAGAGGGACCCCAGUGUGCUGUACCAAUACCAACCACACGGCAAGCGCCAGACCAGUGUGACUGUUGUGUCCCAGUAUGAUAACCUGGAAGAUUACCACUGCCUGCCUCAGCACCAGCGAGGAGUCUUUGGAGGGGGCGGCAUGGGGACGUAUGUGCCUCCUGGCUUUCCCCAUCCACAGAGCAGGACCUAUGCUACAGCUUUGGGUCAAGGGGCCUUCCUGCCCACAGAGUUGUCCUUGCAGCAUCCUGAAACACAGAUCCAUGCAGAAUGAGCCCUGGGAGCAAUAGAGUUGAAGCAGCCUCUGCUGGACAGUGGACUGUUCUAUUUUUUUCAAUAACCAAAAAUAUUAAAAAAACAAAAAAUACUAUAAAACCCCUGACCACAUUUAAAAAAAGAUAAUAAAAGUAAACAAAUCAGCAUCUUUUUCCCCUUCCCUGCUUCAUUACCCCCUCUUCCAUCUAUAGACUUUGUCAUUUUUGUCUUUAGAAAAAAUCUGAAGGAUGGUAAAGCCCCGUGCUGUAACCCAGUAGAGAAACCUGUCUCAGGACACACUUGCCAUCUAGGGCUAGCUUGAAAGAGCCUGAGGACUGCCUUUAGCUGAAUUUGAAUUCAGCAUUGUCCUUUCUUCUUAGUAUUUGCUGCAUAAUUCAGAGCAGUUCACAUCGAUUUCCUGGUAGGCGUCUGCAUUCCCUGUUGUGUUCCUGCUUCUCCUUCAGUAGCUGCACAACUUGCGCAGAUCGACACGCUGUUGUCACUUCAUUCUCCCUGUCUGAGAAGGAUCUUGUGUUCAGUUAGAGUCAUGGAAAAAUCCCUGAUCCUUCAAGGUCAGUCAGACAGUUAGCAACAUUAUAAUUAAAAAUAAGAAAUUAAGACUUUAAACAUUGGGUAGAGUCCUCAUAAAACACCAGACCACUUAGACUCAGGCUGAACCAUACUCUUUCUAUUCUUAUUUUUCAUCCUUGUUCCUCACGGUUCAGUGAAUGGGCUCAUAUCAUGACAGAAGGGAUUUUUAAAAGUUAGUAUUUAAGGAAACUUCUUUAGGUGGAAGAAAGUAAAGUUCUUAUUGUCAGUGAACUUUGUUAGCACCAGAAAACUCUUGAUGCUUUUAAUGCAUUGCCUGCCUUCAGGUUUUCUUCUUACCCCACCCCUCAAUAAGAUUUGGUGAAUUGUAAUUCUAGUAAAACAUGUCAUACCAUUGGUUUUCCUAAAUUAUCAACUUUCUUUCAUUAAAAAAAAAAAAAAAAAGCCCAGCAUGGUUUGACUGGAUAGACACACAUAAUUUAUUAUGAAUAUAAAUUUCCAUGUUUGUUUCUGUUCCUAAACCAGAGUACAGGGUCCCUGGGAAUUUAAGUAGCUACGCAUUAUCUAUUAUUAGACUGCAAGUUCCUGCAAUAACUGCUUAGUUCACAGCCCCAUCCCCAGUGGAGUUCUGGGCAGUUAUUGCUGUCCUAAGGCAUAACUGUCGUUUGCUUACUCUAUACUUGUGUGGUCACAGUCUUAAUGUAAUUACCAUCUACACCAGCAUUUCAGGUAUAGCUCUUUAUAACUCUGGAGACAUGUAAAACAUGUUUAACACCCACGACUUUUGAAAGUUGCAUUCCUUACUAGAGUAGGCACUCUCUAGCCCAACUCCAUUCUGUCUUCUCAGCUCCCUCCAACCCCCAAAUACGUCAGACUAGCAAGGCAGUCCUAUGUUUACAAAACGAGUUUAGAUUGUCAUUUCAUUCCAUAACUCUUAAUAAUGCUCAAGUUUUAUACAUUCACGUAUUUUAAAUGCUCGGUCUGUAGAAGACACUAGGAGAAUUGCAUUCCAUUUAUUGGACGGUUGCUGCUCUGGCUUUUUAGAACUUGAAAUUAAUUUUUAUUUAGAGCAAAGGAGGAAAUCUUUUAAGAGGCUAAAAUCAUGCUGCUAUUAUUGCUGUGAAAUUGUAUAAAGAUUAGGUUUCAUGCCAGUUUUUAUUUUAAAAAAUAAUGUGCAUUUUAAGGGUUUAUAUUUAGAAAAAGAAAUAAAAUGUUUUAAGAACAACACAUUGAUAUAUGGAAAUAUUCUAUAAGGUUUUCUUUUGUUCCCUUAGAAUUCAUUGGAGGGAUGCAGUAAAAACUGUAGUAGAAACCUUGAAACACCCAUAUGUGAAAAGGUCUGUGGAAAUUGAGGCCUCUACAUUAAAAGUGCAGACCCAACUGUUUUACAGUCAAAGUGCUAGGAAACCUGAUAGGAUACUUCCCUUUGGCACAAAAACACCCUGGGUGCUACAUACAGGAGUUUGACCUUUGGUGAAUAUGUGGCACUAAUUUUUUUUUACCUUAAUCAUAUUUUUGUCAAGUAGGCAACCCAUUGCCCCUUGGAGACCACACCAGCCCUGCAAGUUCUCACCAGCAGCAUGGAGGUUAGAAAGAGGGGCUGCUGUGACCAGGAGAUACGCACGGCUUUAAGUAACUGAGAGCCUAAAGAAGGUAACCCAGGGAGUCCGGUCCAGUUUUAAUAUUUGUGGAUUUGUUGUCACACACAUUGUUUAGUCCUGAAACUAAAGCCUAUUUUAUAACUAGUAGGGUUAAUUCCUCAAAACAAUUUCCUUAUUAAUAAAUGUCCUAUGGGUUUAGAAAUAUCAGGUAAAUAUUUCGAAUACGGAAUGAUGAUUGCAAUUACUGUUAUAAGCGUGAAACACAAACCUUAGAUCAAAUCUAGAGUUGCUUCAUUUAAUGCAUGCGAGCAACAGCCUUAACUUUGGAUUCAGUUAUUUGAAACACUUUUCCGGCAUCUUUCCCUUUCUAAUGUUGUGGGGUGGAAACCGGACAGCAAAUCACUGUGAGCCGGGUACCUCAGCACAGUCCACCUUGUGUGUGACUUUACAAAUGGGGUAACUGAAUGUUAUUACUUUCAAAUUUUGACACGGAGCAUUCUGAUCAAGGAAAUGGAGCUGCCUUAUACAUUAAACCCGUGAUUUAAUCCUAUUGACAUUUUCAUAGCCAUGCCUCCGGAUUUUAUCUUUUUGGCAAAAUUCUGAUUCCACAGUUUGGUCUGAUUGAAAUAAAUAUUCCCUGGACGUCUGGCUAAAAAUUUUGCUAACAAUCCCAGAGGUGCCAUUUUCUUAUUAAUAAAUUUCAUCGGAGCCUUAUUUCUUACUAUAUUCAAUUUCCUUUCAAACAUGCAAGUCCCUGGGAUGGUCCCACAACUAGGGCCUGCACAUUUCUUACAAUGGCAAAGCAUUUUUAAAAAUUUAGGGUCAGGUUGAAAAAUUUUAGGACUAAUUCUGUAGAGAGGAGGGACUGUUACUAACGUGAGUGGGGACAGAGGAGUAGGUUACCACAUUUGGAGCAGUAAUAGAUGCAAACGAUGUAAAUUUGAAAUUUGCCCCUUUAGUUAAAGAAGGAGCCUGCAAAGUCCAUUUCUCUGUUUUCAGCCCUGUCAGUCACCCAUUUAGGAUGUUGGCAAAGUAUUGCUUGAGCAGAAUGUGUAAGAAAGUAAUAAAGAAAGCAAAAGUAUGUCAGAGAGUUACUUCUUCCACACGGUUAGAGGCAUGUGAUUUUCAGCACUGUGUGUUACAGAAAUGUCAGGAAUGGUGUAUUAUAACGUGUGCAAGAUAAUGUCAGUGUGCACAGAGGGUCUUUUUUCCUUAUCUGAUUAGUACUGUUAAUGUUCAAAGAAUAAAAAUGGUUUUACAGUUUAGAUUCUGAGAUAGCAAAACCUGAUUUUUCAACCAUGACCUGCAUGAGAGAAGCAUCCUAGGAAGUCUUAGAUCAUACUUUUGAGUUUUUAAUUUUAAUUUAUAUAGUGUUUUUUUAUGUCUUAAUAUUUUUGUGAACUGGUGUAAAUUGUUAAUGCAUAUAAGCUUGUGUAUUUUUGUAAAUAGUUUUGUGAUUUAUUUCUUGCCCCAUAUGUAAAUAUUUAGAGUCUCAUUUCUUGCAAACUUAUUUGAAGCUGAGUUGUGGGUUUGGGUUUUGUUUGUUUCUUUGGUUGCCGGGUGGGGUGGGGGGUGGCAGGGGAGGGAGGAAGGGAUUUUUGUACCUGGAGAUGGAAAUAUCUUGUGGUUUAAAGCAAAUGUCCCACUGAAAGUGAUUCAAAUAUCAACAGAAUUAUUUCAGGUUAAAACAGA